AUGAUGGCCAAUAGCGGCCAACGGUAUCACCGCUCUGACAACGCCGAGGCGUACCGUCAGAAUGCCUCGUUCGUCUACUCUCCCGCCUACACUUCUCCGGUCCUGGGUCUGCUCGAUGCCAAGGCCGGCGAACGUAUCUUGGACCUAGGUUGCGGAAGUGGCGAACUCACCCUGGAUGUCGCCCGGCUGAUCUCGAGGCCGGAACAAGCGGCGACUGCCGCCGGGCACGUCCUCGGCAUCGAUGCCUCGGCCGACAUGAUUGACAAGGCCACCCGCCUCCGCGAUGCCGCCGCCGCCGCCGCUGCUGCUGCUGCUGCCCAACAGGGCGAUCCGGACGGGCUCGGCGACCGGGUCAAGUUCCGAGUGCUCGAUGGACACGAGCUCGCCACUGGCCUCGGACACGACCUCGAGGGCACGUUCGACAAGGUGUUCAGCAACGCAGCGCUGCAUUGGAUGAAGGCCUCGCCGUCCCAAGUGAUCCGAGGCGUCCGGACCGCCCUCAAGCGCGGAGGCGUCUUUGCGGCCGAGAUGGGCGGCUUCCUCAACUGCAUCGGCAUCCGAGCGCUGCUGCACCAGAGCUGCCGUCGACGCGGCGUCGAUCCGGACGCGGUGGAUCCUUGGUUCUUCCCGACGGCCGAGCAGUAUAGCGCGCUGCUGAUCGAGGGCGGGUUCGAGGUACGCCACUGCGAGCUGGUACCGCGUCUGACUGCGCUGCCGCCCUCGUCGGGUCUGCGCGGCUGGCUGUCGACGUUUGCCGGGCCCUUCCUCAACGCCUUCGACGACGAGGGGACGCGCGGCGCCGUGCUCGACGAGGUCGAGGCGGCGCUGAGGCCCGACUGCUACGACGCCGCCGAGGAUAGGUGGUCGAUCAUGUAUGUUCGGCUCAGGAUCAGGGCCGUGGCUGUUUAG